GUCGAGUUUCUAAUGAAUUCCCUGCUUCCUAUUAUAUGAUGUGAUAUCUGUCAUUUUAUAGGAAUUGUGAAGUGGACAUAAAGACCUAAAUGGUUUCUAUUGUGGUCACUGGCUUUAGGACGACACAGGAGUCAUUUUUAUUUCUUGAAUAUAGUUUGAGAAGCUUCUAGGCAUUAUAUGUUUUGUUCGUUCUAUAAUGUAGCGCCCAUCUUUCUUUUUUUUUCACUUUAAAGGUUUUGAAUGUGAUGAUAGUUAUUUGUUGCGCUGAGCUUGGUGCGGAUGGUUUGCCAAAUGCAUUCUCUAUUUGUUGAAUUAUGGCUGUGUGGAAAUAUUUGGUAUGUUUGUUUGAGACUUUGAGUUGUCUUCUGAAAGAAUGGAAAUCAUUGGUUUGAUUUAUUCAAGGUCCUGUUCUGUAAAUUAUCUCAGGUUCAACUUCUGUAAAUUAAGUCUUCUCUGUUUCUUAAUGAUAUGACGGUGCCAGCUUGUUUAUACGGUUAUACAUAAAUCAAUCAAUCUAUAGGCCCAACUAAACCAUCAUAUUUGACUGUGACAAUGUUUAUUUGCUAUUCAUAUUUUACUUCAUUUUUGCUAGUGUGGAUUCUUUUCAUGGUCCAAUACGGACAGCUCUGUUGAUUUUCCUUAUUGGCAUCACAAAUUCUUUGGUUUAUUGAUCUUAGGAUUUUCUGCUUGUUGAUCUCAUACACCAGCACCUUGUGAAUAUUUUGGGCCACUGAGUGCAUUAUUCUGAUAUAUAUUGAAUCAUAUCAACAAGUUCACCUAUCCCUUUUUAAUUUUAUGGAUGUAUAUUGGGCUUAUCGACUGCACAUUGGAUGUUCUUGCAACGGGAAAGUUUUGGGGCUAUUUCAUAUAUGUUCAUUUUUGCUAGUAACUUCAAUGUCCUUGUAGCAGGUUGAAAAGGGCUAUUUGAUCAAAUCAGAAUGUCAUCUCCAAGUAAGAGAAGGGAAAUGGAUGUAAUGAAACUGAUGAUGAGUGACUAUACUGUGGAGACAAUAAAUGAUGGGCUUAAUGAAUUCAACGUGGAGUUCCAUGGUCCAAAAGAAAGUCUUUAUGAGGGGGGAGUCUGGAAAAUUCGUGUUGAACUUCCUGAUGCUUAUCCAUACAAAUCACCUUCCAUUGGAUUUGUGAACAAGAUAUUCCACCCAAAUGUUGAUGAGCUAUCUGGCUCUGUAUGCCUGGAUGUUAUUAACCAAUCAUGGAGUCCAAUGUUUGAUCUUUUGAAUGUCUUUGAAGUGUUUCUUCCGCAACUGCUGCUCUAUCCGAAUCCUUCAGAUCCUCUCAAUGGUGAUGCAGCAUCAUUAAUGAUGAAGGAUCGAAAGUUGUAUGAUCAAAAAGUUAAGGAGUAUUGUGAGCGGUAUGCGAAGAAGGAAAACAUUACAAACUCUGCAGCUGAUGAGGAGAGUGGAGAUGAGGAUGAGAUCAGUGAAGAGGAAAGUGAAUCAAGUGAAGAUGAUAUUCCGAGCCAUGCUGAUCCCUGAGAAGACUGUAGUAAUGGUCAUAGUUAUAAACCUCUUAAAAACAUCCAUGUAGUGCCAAUGAUAGCCUUAUUGCCUGCUUAAUUAUAAAAUGUAGGAUUAUAUAUAAUUUGCCGCCUGUAAAACCACACUUCCUGAUUCCUGUACUCAAUUAAGUAGGGUAUAUUUCAGCUAAAGGAAGACAAGCAAUCUGUAAUUUACAUGUAACUCAGUCUUGUUUCUUCUCUUGUUCUGCUGUUUGGU